CUACGCGAUGCCCACCAAAACCAACGAGGUGCUGUUCUUGGAAGAGCGAGGUUCCAAAAUGCAGCUGGACGCCGUCCUUACUACCCAUCAGAGGGUUGUCCAGAUCAGUGGUUUGAGUUCCACGUUUGCUCCGAUACUCUUGGAAAUUAUUCAGAGUAAUCAGCCUGAAGGGGUUCAUCUGUUAGUCAAAGAGCACACAGAAGCUGACUUCAAGAGCCGGUUAAAGUCUCGACCAGAACUUGAAGAGCUGCUGGCACAGAUGAAGUGA